AUGCCGGGUGUUGUUGACCCAGGUGCCAUGGCACGCCCAAACCUGGGGUUCAGCGUGGGCCAUCAGAAGGUCGAACUGGAGAUUGACCUUGCAACGAAAAGCCUGAAAGGAAAAACCGAAAUCACCAUUCACCCUCGCCGCAAAGACCUAACCACGAUCUGGUUGAAUUUUCGACAAGGAGACAUCAAGCGCGUGAGCGUGAACGGCAAGGCUGCGGUUUCAAGAUAUGCAGACCCUUAUGAAUCGCUUCAACUCUUCGGUGCUCAAUACCAUGAGCGUUUAACACAGCAUAUUGACGGCCUGCUGCAAACACCCUCCACACCUACCCUUCCGAUCACAGUGCCCAAGAACGUUCGCAUCGAAGAAUUGGAUCCUUCUUCUGCAGAAGCUCAGGAUCAAAUUGCGCUCCAAUCCACCGGUGAUGAUGUCGACGGGGCUUCCGGGGCCAGGGCACCAGAAGCGAAUCUUCCGCGAUUCACGUCGCUGACGGUGAACAUCGAGUUCGUCAUAAAUCGAAUCCGGGAUGGUCUGCAGUUUGUCGGUGUCGAGAGUGGUGACCGACGGUAUCCACAUGCAUACACAACCAACUCCUUAGAGUCUGGUAUUGGUUGUCCCUUGUUUCCGUGUGUCGACGAUACGGCUUCGCGAUGUACCUGGGAGAUCUCGAUCACAUGCCCAAGUUCACUCGGAGACGUGUUUGACCGGAAGGUCAAGGACCCAUCUGGCUCAAUAUCAACCCGCCCAAAGGUCCCAACCCGUCAACUCUCCGCUGACGAUGAAGGGCUCGAUAUGUCAGUGGUGUGCUCUGGUGACUUGACGGAUGACAUCGUGGACCCCAAGGACCCCACAAGAAAGACGGUUUCAUUUGCCUCAUAUUCUCCUCUAGGAGCUCUGCAGAUUGGAUUCGCAAUCGGUCCGUUCGAAUAUGUCAACCUUGCCGAUUUCCGUGAAAGCGAUCAAGAUGAACAACUUGGUCAGAAUGCCAUUCCCCUGCAUGCAUUCUGCCUGCCCGGUAGAGCGGAUGAAGUUCAGAACACGAGUUUCCCUAUGGCCCAGGCUAUUGACUUCUUCUCCUUGUCUUACGGAUCCUACCCAUUCGGCAGCUACAAAAUCUGUUUUGUUGACGAUCUACCUACGGACGCCCUUCCAACUGCAUGUAUGUCUAUUUGCAGCAGCCACCUGCUAUUCCCGGCCGAGAUGAUUGAUCCUAUGUACGAUGCAACCCGGGCCCUGGUCCAUGGUUUAGCAUGUCAGUGGACUGGAAUCAACAUCAUCCCCCACGAACCUGCGGAUACGUGGGUCACAGUCGGCGUGGCAUGGUACAUCACAGAUACUUUUAUGAGAAAGCUCUGCGGAAACAAUGAGUACCGUUUCAGGCUCAAGCAAAUGUCCGAUCAAGUGUGUGACUUGGAUUACGAACGACCUUCAAUUUAUGACAUGGGCAACAUUCUAAAGGUCGAUCCUUCUGAAUAUCGCUUCGUUGCUCUCAAGGCCCCUCUGGUGCUGUUCAUCUUAGAUCGUCGCCUGACGAAGGCAAGUGGUAAAGCCACGAUGUCUCGCAUUAUCUCACGACUUUUCCUCAAUUCCCGCAUGGGCGACAUCCCCAACGGCGCAGUAACUUCAACUCUAUUCCAGAAAACAUGUGAACGACUUGGACACGCAAAGUUGGAUGUAUUCUUCCAACAGUGGGUUUACGGUGCAGGAUGCCCUCGUUUCCAAGCCACCCAGCGAUUCAAUAAGAAAAAGCUCGUUGUCGAAAUGAUGAUCAGACAGGUCCAAGCCGAACCUCAACCCCCUCGAGAUUUGGCCAAGGACGCGUUCCUGCGGGAUGUCAAGGAAGAGGUUCGUCACGUCUACGCUGGUGCAGUUCAGCCUGUAUUCACGGGCUCAAUGACCCUGCGAAUUCACGAAGCAGACGGAACCCCUUAUGAGCACAUUGUUGAAAUUAAAGAGGGAACAACAAAAUUCGACAUCCCCUACAACACCAAGUACAAAAGGCUGAAGCGUAACAAGAAACAACGAGAAAGAGCUGUGGCAUCUGGUGACGCUGAAGUGCAGGAGGAAGUCCUCCUUUACUGCCUGGGUGAUGUCUUACAAACAGAGGAAGAAACACAGGCUUGGCGUUUGGCAGACUGGACUAAGGAAGAUGAGGAGCGAAUGGGACAGGAGUCGUACGAAUGGAUUCGAAUGGAUGCAGACUUUGAAUGGGUCUGCAAAUUGUCCCUUGGAAUGCCAGGCUACAUGUACCUUUCGCAGCUUCAACAAGACCGAGACGUGGUAGCGCAACUUGAGUCAUUACAAUAUAUGGCCGCUCAGCGGGAGCAUCCUUUGAUCUCGACCAUCUUUGUGCGCACACUCAUGGACAGUCGUUACUUCCAUGGCAUACGUACAACAGCUGCGCGCGCCUUGAUCAAACACGCCAAGGAUGAAGUAGACUGGGUUGGCUUGCAUCACCUUGAAACGGCCUUCCAGGAGCUAUUCUGUCUUCCCGGGUCGCCAAUGACUCGUUCAAACGAUUUCUCUGACCGGGCUGCGUAUAUCCUGCAGCAAGUGAUUCCCGACGCCAUCUCCAAAGUUCGGGACAACAGUGGCAAGACCCCCUUGAGGGUCAAACGCUUCCUGUUUGAUAAGCUGAAGUUCAACGACAACUCAAACAAUGAGUAUUCGGACAAUUUCUACGUUGCCUCGCUAAUGAAAUCCCUCUGCCAUGCCAUGCUUGGCAGAAGUGAGACGAGGGUAGAUGAGGAGCUGGACCACUUUGACAUGGAGCGUGUCCUUGAGACUCAGGCCGAGGAGCAACUGGACAAAGACGCCAUUGCCGAAUUUGAUCGUUAUCGACGAAUGGACGAAUGGUCCAGCUCAUUCCAAAACCUCUACUCAAGAGCUGCACUUCUUUGCCAGGCGCAAUUGAUGCAGGCGAAAAUGAUGGAGGUCGAUUUGAUGCGUUUCAUCCCAUACACGCGAGCGGGAACUUACGACCUUCUGCGCAUGCAGGCAUUCCAAUGCUUGGUCGAUCUCGACAUCUCACAGAGCCCCGAGCUUCUCCGCUGGCUGAUGUUCACUCUCUCAGCGGAUUCUUCUGCUUGGAUUCGCCACCAAGGGCUGUGUCUGUUCGGUCAGACAUUGGCGCAAAUCGCUUUCGGGCGACCCCAGCAGCAAGAGGCCUCGUUGAAUGAUGGGUUGAUUAUCGAACAAGAGUCCACCACAGAUAUCCGCCGAGAUGAUAUUGCAAGACGCAAGACCAUCCCAGGAGCCAUUGAGGCGCUGAAACGAGAGAUCUCCGGGGACGCCGCUUUCAAGGAAUACAUGUGGGCAGCAUGCAACUCUCCCGUCAUGGGUCUGCUGGAGCUCUCCGAACUCACUGAUCUCUGUCGUGUUCUAUACGAUGUCAGUACGUCCAAAUUCGUACGGUUGAAACUACCACGAUACUGGGCCGUUCAAAACCUGGGGCAUGGCCAACUACGCUUCUACCGUUCCAACAAAACCCGCAUGGGUCCCGCUACCAAGCGGAAGCGCGAAGACAAAGACAUACAGGCACCCUCCUCAACUCGUAUCACCUUCAAGCAGUCCAAGACCAGCUUGACUGCCACUCCUUCUGCUACUCCUCUCCCCAAAAUUAGCAUCCCCCGACCAUCCCCUGCGAUGGGAUCUACACCCAAAACACCCGCCACAGGCACACCUAAACUUAAGCUCAAGUUCGGUGGACGACCUGCAUGA